AAUUGUGCUAACUCAUUUCAUUUUGCCUGUUUGUAUUAAUCGUGUGGAACGCCGCAAUGUAUUUGUCCCUUAUAAUUUCCAUAUUAUUGAACUGCCUGCGCCUUGGUCAGAGCGUAACAGACGUCGAUUGUCCUACGUUGGCGAACAGCGACAGCUUAUCGCAGACACAGUUAAUCGAUCGCCUCACGCACGAUUGUCGCUACGAUCGCCUGGAGCGACCGACGACCUACACGGAGGCUGGAGCCCGUCUCCCCGUCGAUGUUUACAUGCGUGCCUACAUCUAUUUCAUGCAAAACCUAGAGGCUCACGAUCUGCAAUUCAAGAUCUAUGCACUACUGCAAAUGCGCUUUCUCGAUCCCCGGCUCAAUUUUCGCAAUGUUUCGCCCAAACGACUGCAGCCCAUUUUGGGUGAACAGCAAUUGCGCGAUUCUAUCUGGCUGCCGCACAUAUUUUUGGCCAACGAGCGCGACUCCAGUAUUUUGGGCACAACGGAGAAGGAUAUAUUGACAUCGAUAUCGCCGGACGGCACUGUGAUUGUCUCCUGGCGCAUUAAGGCCACGCUCUAUUGCUGGCUAAACCUGAAGAAAUUUCCCUUUGAUGAGCAACACUGUUCCACGGUGCUGGAGAGCUGGAUGUACAACACAUCCGAGCUGGUGAUGCAUUGGGAGCAAAAGCGUCCAAUUACGUAUGAUCCGGCCUUGCAUCUGACCGAAUUUGUGCUGCAGAACUCCUGGUCCAAUGAAACGGUAAUCAAUGCCGAUCUGAGUGAUUUGCGUCAUGGCGCCUUCGCUGGCAAUUAUAGUUCCCUCAGCUUUACAGUUCAUCUGAACCGUGUGGUUGGCUUCUAUCUGAUGGAUUAUUUUCUGCCUUCGAUGCUAAUUGUGGCCAUCUCAUGGGUAUCCUUCUGGCUGCAGGCUGAUCAAGCACCGCCACGCAUCACCCUCGGCACUAGCACGCUGUUGACCUUCAUUACACUUGCCUCAGCACAGGGCAAAACGUUGCCCAAGGUCAGCUAUAUAAAGGUGUCGGAGGUAUGGUUUCUCGGCUGCACCAUAUUCAUAUUUGGCAGCAUGGUCGAAUUUGCAUUUGUGAACACGAUUUGGCGGCGUAAACACAAUGUACCGGUGAGGAAGCUCAACAGUCGCCACAUACUCAAGUCGACGCUGUCGCCGCAUUUGUUGCGACGUCGCAGUCAUGCUCGAUCCCGUUCCUUCUCCGGCAUUGGACGGCAGACGGACGCCAGCUCCCUGUCCGGUAAUGUACCGUUCAAUAACUAUUUAACGGUCAAUUUACCAAUAAAUACAAUAAGAGAGGGUCAAGUGAUGCCGGCAACGGCGACAAGACCAUUACCAUUACCAUUAGCAGCACCUAACAGGAGCAGCGUGCAUAUGCUGACCAGUAGCAAUCGUAAAUUGGAUGUUACGUUUGUGGAGAGCGCUUUCGGCACUGCUGCAAGUGCAACGCGAAAUACCAUGGCUGCCACCAGCAUGGAACUACCCGAUUUUACCAGCAACAGCACACACAAUCUCUUGGGCGGUGAGGAGUUCAGUCAUGAGGAACAGAUUGCUUCGACGGGUUGGACGACGUUGACACCACAGGAAAUUGCUAUUUGGAUUGAUAGCCGAGCGCGUUUUGUAUUUCCACUGGCAUUUGUCGUAUUCAAUAUGUUCUUUUGGACAUUUGUCUAUUGUAUUUGAAAGUCAUAAUGUUUUUAAUGUGCUGUACUUAUUAUUGUUAAGGUCAAUUUUGUAUGUAAUUUUUAUGUUUGCUUGAUUAAAUUGUGAAUUUCAA